AUGGCUAGCGAUGGCCAACAUUGCUCCUUCGUGCUUCUCGCCGAGUUCGACAUAGAUCGCGGUGCGCAGUUGACCUACCAAUUUCCCCAACCCCUUGGAACAGAUGAGACCCUGCUAGCCAACUUGAUGCUCCCAGAUGGCGCGGAGAAGCAGUCGGAGGACUGGACGAUCUUCUUCCUCAACCAGACACCGUUCAAUACCAUCGCGCCUGUUCUCGCCCUUGAGACUCCGGAACUCAACGGGAGACCGCCUAGUACGGUCAGCUGGAACGGCGAAAAUGGCCGCCCACAGCUGCUCUACGUGUUGAAUCUAGUGAGGACGAAGAUUGAUAAGACGGUGCGCAGAGGUGCUGUAGUCAAAGCUAUGGCCAUCUGCACUCGGCACCCCUUCAUCCAAAUAUUCAAACCCAUCCUCCUCAUGGCCCUCGAUGACUACUAUACAUCUCCCUCGCAGGAAUGUCUUGCCCGCCUCUUCGACGCUGUGAACGCCAUGGAUCUCUCUGGCGCACCAACUCUUACCCGUUCUGAGAAGAUUGUCAUGCGCACCAGCGACUGGAAGGACAUCUUUGCUGAAAAAUUCCAGUCUACCACAGCGACUAAACCGGGUUCAGAUAAAGACACGGCCUCCACAUUGAAUGGGUCUACGCCAUCGCUGCUAGGCGCCAAGGAUAUCAGUGCACGAUCUCAUCGCAGCACUCCAUCCUGGGACUCGCGGUCUUCGUUCGAGGACGGUAUCAUCAUGCGUGAAAAAUCUCAGAGUCGCGACCGGGCUGGCACGACCACCUCGUCGUCUUCCACUUCAACGCAGCAGCAGCAGCAAGGUGGCCAGCAAUCACGCCACUCGCCGGACAACUCGUUUGACGCAGACGAGAGCGUCGUCUUCAUCGGCAAUGAGCCAGGAAUGGACACGCCAGGCGUUCAACGCGUCGCGCCGCCCAUCAAAACACGAGCACGUCGAGGCACCGAUGCUUCUUCAACUUCGUCCCAUGGUACCCAUGGCCGGAGAGACUACAGCAACGCUGGGCACGUCCCGAGUGGUCCGGCGGGCGUCGGAACAGGGGUGAAAGAUACGCAUUUUUACCAGACCGCGAUAGCGUACGAAGGUCAUCAAAUACCGAUCAAAAUGCCGUUGUAUACCUUCCCCGAGGAAGUUGGCGAUUACUCCCUCAUCCAGCUCAUACAGACGUUCUCCCCUUCUCCUUCUACCUCCCAAGUUCAAGGCCCUCAUCAUCCUCACCUCCACACGAACGGUCCGUCUACGAACCCAAUUGUAAUCUUAUUCAAUGCUCUUGUGACAGGAAAACGGAUAAUAUUCUUGGGCCAUAAUCGGCCAGCCGGACAAGUUGCGACCUACGUGCUCGCGGCUUGUGCCCUGGGGAGCGGGUGCGGGUGCGUACUGAGAGGAUUCAUCGAGAGGGCGUUUCCGUACGCGAACUUGACCAACAAGGACGAGUGGGAAUCAAUUCCAGCUUACAUUGCAGGAGUCACAAAUCCAAUCUUCGAGUCUUCGGGGACAUGGGAUCUACUAUGCGACGUCGGCUCCGGCAGGGUCGUCGUACACAAGGACAUUCACCUAAACUAUCCACCCAACCAAUACCAGCCGACAUCUGGCUUUGGCCUGAACUCGCCCCCGUUGAUUGUUCGCUCAGGAACGCUCAAAGCGGAAGGCUCUGCCGGCAACGAGGAAGAAAUGCUGAAAGGCGCCGCUCGAGACGGCGGAGGCGAACGGAAGGGUGAUUUCUUGAAAGAUGGAACAGACAACCUGUUUGUUGAGGACAUCAUAUCGGCUAUCAACUACCACUUCGGUGAGAACCUUGUCCGUGCACGGUUCGCAGAGUACGCGUCCCGAUUCGUGAGACUCGCGGCUCGCUAUGAGGAGGAAUGUUACGGAUCGACCGAGAUUGGCUACCGAUCGUCCUUCUUCUCGAUGUCUGGCCUUAAUACAGGGCCCCAACUCGGCAGUGGCAUGGCGUUCCUAGAUGACGCAGGAGGGGCGAGGGAGCUUGCGGCGAACGCAAGUAGAAUCGAGGCUUGGAGACGGACGAAGGUGUACCAAUAUUACGAGCAGGACUUCAAGAAGGCUAUGAUCACGAACGCACUUCAGAGGUUCGAUCUGACCCAUCAGUUAUGGCGACUACGACACGGACGAAACAUGCCGGACCCUGAGGUCGAACUCAUCUUGCGCACGAUCGCGGACAAUAUUCGGACGUAUGAAUCUGCUGUUGAGGCUAGUAUUUCCCACUAUCUUUUGUCGUAUAUACCGCCAUAUACGGGUGGCUUAGCCCCGCUUAGCUUUGCGCUCUUCCAUCCCCAAGAAUCUGUUCGGCGUCUUGCCGUCGAAAUCUUCAACGAGUUGCGGCAAUAUCCUGUUGGCGUCCAAUUUUUGCAGGCGCUCAACUCGUUCCAGCGCUACGCCUAUGUUCGUCAGGCGCACGCGCUCGAAACGCGGAAUGUGCAGGAACAUCAGCAUCAUCAGGCACACUCGCAGCUACAGCCUCCGCCGACAUCGAAUUUAGGGGCACGCAACACGAACCGGAGUGAAUCAAGUUUGGUAGGGUAA